AUGUACAACAUGGUGUGUAUAUUUUGUCUUAUAGAUCCAGCGCACUUGAGGCGGAAACGUCAGAAGACUGGCGGUGAUCCCAUGCACCUGCUGCUCCAACAGCAGCAGAAACAGCAAUUGCAGAAUGACCACCAGGAUGGCAGACAAACUAACAUGAACUGUUGGAAUGCACAAAGUAUACCGCCCAUCAAAACGGAACCACGAGAUACCUCACCACAGCCCUUUGGACUCGCUUAUCGAGCGCCUCCUGAGCUUACCCCCUCGCCCCAGCCGUUGUCGCCUUCGAGCAACUACAACCACAACAGCACGCCCUCGCCCUACAACAUGGCCUCUUCGGUCACGCCUACCAACGGCCAGCAGCAACUGAUGUCGCCCAACCACCCACAGCAGCAACAGCAGCAAUAUGUAGCAGCAACAGAUAUGGGCAACAACUACAAUCCGUUUGCCCAGCAGGUUGUUGCACAGCAGCAACACCAGCAACAGCAACAUCAACAACAGCAGCAACAACAUCAGCAGCAGCAGCAACAGGCCUUGCAAUUUCAUGCCAAUCCAUUCGGUAAUCCCGGAGGUAACAACUGGGAAAGCAAAUUCUCCGCGACAGCUGUUACAGUAGCAGCAGCAGCAACCGCGACAGGAGCAACACCUGCCAACGGUAACAGCAAUAAUCUCAGCAAUCUCAACAAUCCCUUCACCAUGCACAACCUGCUCACAUCCGGCGGAGGUCCUGGGAACGGCAGCAAUCUGCAGUGGAACCUGACCACAAAUCAUCUGCACAAUCAGCAUACGCUCCAUCAGCAGCAACAGCUACAGCAACAACAUGCCCCGCCCAUGCAUCAGUACGACAAUAAUGCGUCCAGCAACAACAAUCCCAAUAAUGGCAAUACCAACAAUAAUAAUAAUAACAACAAUAACAAUAAUAAUAACACCGCUGGCAACCAAGCGGAUAAUGGUCCAACGAUCAGCAACCUGCUUAGCUUCGAUAGCGGGCAGUUGGUGCACAUCAACUCAGAGGAUCAGCAGAUACUGCGCCUCAACUCUGAAGAUCUGCAGAUAUCAAAUCUAUCCAUAUCAACGUAAUACCUUAUUAAAUCAAACCCAAUUCAAAAAACCGAGCAAAAAACAUAGGAGGCAGUAAGAUGAUGAUAAUGAUGUAGAAUUCAAACUGAUCGACCUGGUCGUCGUCUAAUUGAUUGUUUUAGUGCUGUAAUAACUAGUCUUAAGGCAAAAUGUAACAUGUGUGUUUUUGUAGGAACUAAGGAUUUUUAAACAUGAAUAAAUUAAUCGUUUUAGUAGUAAA